AUGAGCUUAGAAGACAUAUUUAAAUCGGCUGUGAGAGAUCGUGACAUACCUGGAGCUGUUCUUGUGGCAAGCAAUGCGCGAGGAGAUUUUUACUAUGAGAACGCUUUUGGCUUGCGAUCCCUCAAGGAUGGCCGCAGCGAUCCAUUGACGGUCAAUGAUGUAUUCUUCAUGGCAUCCUGCACUAAGCUCAUGACCGCAAUCGCUGUUUUGCAGUGUGUUGAGCGAGGUCAAUUUACUCUAGACGAAGAUGUUACUCGGCUAUUACCCGAGUUGAAAGGUAUUGAGAUUCUCAAGGGGUUCGAAAAGAGUACCGGAAAGCCUAUCAUGGUGAAGCCUAAAAAAGCACUCACUCUUAGAUUGAUGCUAUCACAUUCUUCGGGUUUGGCUUAUGAUGUAUUCAAUCCGAGCUUACAAAAGUGGAGACGUUCAAGAGGAGAAAAGGCACAGUUUACUGCAGGUUCUUUAAUAUAUCGAUGUACGACCCCGCUGGUGUUUGAACCCGGCGAGGAAUUUGCCUACGGAACUGGCUACGAUGCAAACGAACUCACGUUAGGCGAAUACAUGAAACAGAAAAUUUGGAUCCCACUAGGUAUUAAGGGAAUGACUUUCCACCUCGGAGAAGAACAGGCUUUAUUGAAUUCGAUGGUUGAUAUGAGCAUGAGACUCGGCGGCGAGAACACAUUUGGAACUCCAAAGCAUCCUCAUGCAAAAGUAGCCUGGAGCAAGGACAAGGUCUGGGCAAAUAACAUGAAAGAUGAUUCUGGAGGUGCUGGAGUGAGCGGUCGAACAACAGACUACAUCAAGAUACUGCACAGUAUUACAGUCGGUGAUGGUAAGUUGCUGAAAGGAGUUUCUCUAGAUGAGAUGUUCAAACCACAACUUAGCUCGUCAUCCCAAGCAUAUCUGAUGAAGCUCUUGAGAGUUCCAGAACUUAACGACAGCAUGGGUCUUUCUAUGCCAAUGGGAACAAGGCUUGAUCACGGGCUUGCUGGAAUGUUGUGCCUCGAAGAUAUAGAAGGCCGUCGAAGAAGUGGUACAAUGUUCUGGUCUGGACUGCCAAACCUUUUUUGGUUUUCCGAUAGGAAAGGAGGCAUGUGUGGUAUGUAUGCCAGCCAAGUUAUCCCAGCAGGCGAUCCAAAAAGUACAUUGCUGUUCGCUCAAUUUGAAACUGCCAUGUAUGAUAGAGCCAAGGCGUCAGAGAGGUCAAAGAAAGAACGACUUUAG